UGUCCCUCAGUGACUUUGAAUCACUGAAGGGUUUGUAAACUGCUGUAACCAAACCAGCUCCUUAGCACUCAAACAUAACUUAUCGUUUUGUGACGAAAUUUUCUGUUUAUUUGUCAAGGUAAGUUUUAAGUCAAGUGUAUGGCUGCGAACAGCUCACUGGUUUAUGAUGCUUUAUUAUCGGCAAAAUUCAAGGUGAUUUUUGCGGAGAUCCUGGUGUUGGUUUUUCUUUGCAUCAACCUGUUGCUCAUUGUGAUCUAUUUUAAGAAGGAGUGUUUCCACACAACCGCACGCUACGUCUUAUUUGCUGUUACAUUGCUGUCGGAUAGCCUGUUGUUAUUCAUAACUGAUUUGCUGCUGUUCUUGACUUUUUUUUAUUUGAAAAUGCAGGUAUGGAUCUGUAUCAUUAUCUUUUUUCUAACUUCACUUUAUACUACAGUCACACCUGUCACUCUGACAGCAAUGACUCUUGAACGAUAUGUGGCCAUUUGUAUGCCACUGCGUCAUGCAGAGCUGUGCUCCACACACAGCACUAUGAACUGUAUCCUCAUCAUUCACUGCAUCAGCUCUGUACCCUGCAUUGUUAUUCUGUCCACCUUCUUUGCAUCUGCCUCUCUUAGCUUCUACAAAGAAGAGAGAAUAUGCGCUGUGGGGGUGUUUAUGAUUCAUGUGUGGCAGGAUCACCUUAGAUCAGCUAUCAGUCAGUUUUACUUCUUGAUCAUGUGCAUCAUUAUCAUUUUCUCUUAUGCCAAAAUAAUGAAAGUGGCCAAAGCUGCAUCAGGAGAGAAUGAAAAGUCAACACAGAAAGGGCUCAGGACAGUGGCUCUUCAUGGUUUCCAGCUGUUGCUCUGUCUCAUUCAGCUGUGGUGUCCAUUCAUAGAAGCUGCUGUAUUUAACAUUAAUUUGAAAUUGUUUGAACAUAUCAAGUACUUUAACUACAUUGUGUUCUAUAUUGCUCCAAGAUGUCUGAGUCCUCUCAUUUAUGGUCUCAGAGAUGACAUGUUUUUCCAUGCACUGAAAAAUUCUCUUCUCUCUCAUAAAAGAAAUUUGAUUUGAUAAAUUCCUCCCCACAGUGUUUGUUAGUCACAUGCACAUUGUUGAUGUUGAGCUGAAAAAGCCGGUGCCCACAGGUCUUUAGGUUGCAGGUUGUUGUGAUCGUCUCAAAACCACCAUCUCAACAGAAAACAUUGAGGAGACAAUGAGUCAGCAGAACUGCUUCUGCUGGAAGCUUAGCUCAGUGCACACAUUUUAUAGUUUUUAUACAAGCUAAGGUAUGGCAGGAACAAGCAGUGUUUAUUUUAUUCUCUAUUAACUGUUACAUUGUUUAUUCAUUUGAGUCUUAUCUGCUGUUUCCUCGCAAAUGACGACAUGUAAAAUAGUGAGACAAAC